AAAGGAAUAACUGACUUAAAACAAACGGCGUAGAGUUCCAAUUACAACGACACGACAAUGUGAUGUGAAUCGACACGAAAAAAUUGUGCUAGUGAGUGUUUGUGUUUUGUGGCCAUGGUGCUGUCUUCAUAGUGACGUCACGGAUUAUAAUCGAGGCUGGCCUGUGCCAUGGAGAGCCGCGUCGGGCUGGACUACAUCGUAGAGCAUGCGGAGUACGCGGGCAAGCUCGCAGCCGCGCUUACCUCGCCAGCCGCGCCGGUCAAGAAACAGGUGUUUGAGCUUCUGUCGGCGCUGUGUGUCUACAACGCCGAUGGUUACGCUAGAGCUGUCGACACACUAGAUCGAUACAAGACAUUGAAAGGAGAUCGGUACAGACUGAAUGUUGUGGUAGAGGAGCUGAAGAAUGCUACCACUACCGACUACAAGACCGCGUUGGUGGCCUUCAUCAACUGUCUCAUCAUCUCCGCACCUCGCUUGCCUGACAGGAUACGCGUCAGGAACGAAUUCAUUGGUCUUGGGCUGCUACCAACAUUAAGCAAUUUAAGACAUGAGGCGGGAAGUCACCCGGACCUGGGGGUCCAGCUCGACGUGUUCGAAGAGCAGAGGGAGAGCGACGAGGCACAGGGUCCAGGGGGAAUCAAUCUCAAUUCUCACCUCGAUGUCUUCUACGCUAUCCUCAAACAAGUCUCCGACACUCCACAAGAGAUUCCUUUCCUGAGCAUCCUGCAGCACCUGCUGCGGAUAGACCCGAAGGAGCCCGUGAGCGACAUCGUGUGGGACACGGCGGAGACGUUAGUGCAUCGCGCCACGCUGCUAGAAACCAGGGAGGACGCUGCCAAGCUGCUGAGAGCUCCCAGUGUACAAGCGAAAGUAGGAUGCAUGUGCCAGCACCGGGAUACAUCGAGCGCGGGCCGCAAGCAGAGCCUGCAGCGCGCGCUCUCCCCGCCGCCCCCGCCGCCCGCUCCCGCCCCGCCCGCGCCCCCCGCACCGCCUUUUGCUCCCAUAGCCCCACCGGCACCACCUGCGCCCCCCGCGCCUCCACCCCUUGCGCUAAGAGGGCCUCCACCGCCCCCACCCCCUGCAGGUAUCACGCCCCUCGCACCCCCUGCGCCACCACCUGUACCUCUUGAACGUCUGCCGCAGCAGGAGACACCUAUACCCAAGACCAAGAUGAAGACCAUCAAUUGGAAUAAGAUUCCUAACAACAAAGUAGUUGGUCAGAACAACAUUUGGGCUCUAGUCGCGUCCAGCCACAAACACUCGCCCAAAGCAGAACUCGAUUGGAGUGAAAUUGAAGGACUCUUCUGCCAACAGAUCCAGCCUACAGGAUCCGCAGGGUCGUCUCCGCGGCUCGGUCGCAGCCCCAUCUGCGACAGCUCAGGAGAGAGAAAACCGAGGAAAGAGUCUUCUGAGAUCACACUCCUGGAUGGCAAGAGGAGUCUUAACGUCAACAUAUUCCUCAAGCAGUUCCGAAGUUCAAAUGAAGAUAUAAUCCAACUUAUCCGUGAAGGAUCACACGACGAAAUCGGCACUGAAAAACUAAGAGGCUUAUUGAAAAUCUUACCUGAAAUAGACGAAUGUGAGAUGCUGAAGGCUUUCACGGGUGACGUCAAUAAAUUAGGCAACGCCGAGAAAUUUCUUCUACAACUUAUACAGUUACCAAAUUACAAGCUUCGCAUAGAAUGUAUGCUCUUAAAAGAAGAGUGGCCUUCUACUGCUGGCUAUUUGGAGAGUGCUAUCAAUGCUAUUCUGGUUGCUGGAGACGAUCUCAUGUCUUCCAGAGCUAUACAAGAGGUGCUGUACCUGGCGCUAAUCGCCGGCAACUUCCUGAAUGCGGGGGGGUACGCGGGGGGCGCGGCGGGGGUGCGCCUCGCCUCGCUGCAGAAGCUGUCCGACAUCCGCGCCAACCGCCCCGGCAUGAACCUCAUGCACUACCUCGCCAUGCAAGCAGAGAAAAAGAACAAAGAGUUGGUGCACUUCGCGGAUGAUAUCCACGUGCUGGAAGAAGCGGCCAAGGCAAGUGUGGAACAGCUCAGCAACGAGAUCAAGACCUUGGAGACGAGGAUCGGUGGAUUGAAGCGCGACAUCCAGCUGCCCUCCUCGCAGCACGAUAUCAAGGAGCAGAUGGGAGACUUUUUACAGGUUGCAGAAACAGAAGUGGCAGCACUAAACAAAGAUCUAGAAGAAGUAGAGAGCUUGAGGAAGCAACUUGCAGAAUUCUUCUGCGAAGAUCCUGUUGCAUUUAAAUUAGAAGAUUGUUUUAAGACGUUCGUGUCGUUCUGCGGCAAGUUCCGCGCGGCGGUGGCGGACAACGCGCGGCGCCGCGCGCACGACGAGCAGGCAGCCGCGCGCCGCCGCGCUCGGGACGCACAGCGCGACGCUCAGCGCACGCGCAACGCGGGCAGCAUGUGCAGCACGCCGGUGUCGGAGUGCGAGUCGCUGAUGGAGUCGCUGUUGCUGGACAUCCGCAACGGCCUCGGCCGCCGCUCGCUGCGCAGGCAGCACGAGCCCUCGCCCUCGCCAGAUGCGUCGGUUGCAGAGGUGACGCCGACGGGCAGCUUGUGGCGCCGCAGCCGCGCCAGCCCCGCCGCGGACGAGGACGGCCUCAUGGAGUUCCUGCGGCACGCCUCGCCCGCCGCCAGCGACGCCCGCGAGCGCGCCGCCUGGGGCAGCCUCGACCGGUCGUGGUCGCGCCGCAGCACGCCGCGCGCCCGCCUCGAGAUACCGGACAGAGAGCGGGAGCGCGCGCCCUCGCCCGCCUCCCCCGCCUCCCCCGCACCGCCCUCCGCACCACCCACACCAGACCCCGCGCACCCCGCACACCCCGCGCACCCCGCCACUGCCUCUGCCGGCACCACGGUGCCCACCAAACCAAAAGAGUGGCGGCAGAAGAUCGAGUCGUGGCUGCGCGCCAACAGCCAGGAGGAGCGCCGUGACGCAGAACUUCGGGAGCGUGCUCGUCGUCUGCACUCUAACACACAUGCCAGCACACAUACCAGCACGCAUGCCAACACGCACGCCACGAACCUCAACAGGCGCUCCUUGGAAAACGACUCCGAGAGCGAGCGCGAGCGCGCGCUGGAGGCGGUGGCGGAGUGCGGCGGCGAGAUAAAGGUGCUACUAGAAUCUCAAAGUUAA